AUGGAAGGAUCUCAAUUUUCCGAUAAAGAGAACGACUUUGUCAUAUUUGAGCACAAAUGUACGAGUCCAUCAAUGUCUUCUCCAUUCACUGGUUCAUUUUUGGAAUCUGAGGUAGUGCGACGUUCAAGCGACAAUUAUAAUAGCGAAUCAAUAAGUGAUGAAGAAGUAAAACAGAUACAAAAGCGACAAAGUCGAAUUGUGAGUGAAUUGAGACCUGUGGAGAGACCCGAGAGCGCGUUGAUGAAUAUACCAGAUAAUCAUUCAAUGGAGAGAGAUGAUGGAACGAUAGAAUUGUUUGCGGCAGAACGUGUACGCACGACUCAGUCAUGGUUGUCAGAUUUAUAUAGUUACAUGAAAAAUUGUCAUUUAGUUUUUGGGAUUUGUAUGGCCCACCGUGAUCAUCCAUUCAAGCGUGGCGAUCGCUGUCUUGUAUUGUUUAUUGCAUUGUUUACGACAUUGCUACUUAGUGGAUUAUUUGCAAAUCGAGAUUGUUGUACCGAAGUGAACGAUACACCGAUUGCAGUUGUCAACCGUCGACUGGAAAGAAAUAUAUUGCUGGAGGCUGGAAGUGAAUCGAACGAUAAUGAUAGCAACUCUGGUGCUGUCAGAUUGAGUGAGAAACAUUGCCUGGCAUUUUACGCUGACUGUAGUCAUAAAAUGGCAAUUUGUCCGCAGGGAUCAAGGUGUCAGGCUGUUACGAUUGACGAAAGUAUCAAUAAUGCGACUAUUGCAAUGCAAUGUGUUCCAGAUGAGACAAUUUUGCCCAAGUGCGUUACCAGGCGCUGUCCAAUUGGAUGGAGGUGUCGGGAUAAUGCAAGCGACUGUAUGCUUACCACUAAUUUUGUCUGUGAUAUGAGCGAAUUACGUACGAACGAGUCAGAUGGCCAUUCGGAAACUGAGUACCGAUUUCAUAAGAUUGAUGACAACCAAUAUAAAAAAAGAUUGGGACUCGUAAAAACAUUGGGGAUACCAGCUAAUCAAACAAAAACUACAUCAAAAAAACUUUUAUCGACUACUUUAGCAACAGAGUCUGAAGAUUCGUCAUCGCAGACAUUUGAAUCGACUUCGAAUCUAUCCUCAGAAUCAUUAUCUUCCGAAAGUGCGACUGUAAGAGUAGCAAUAAACGAGCCAGCGAAUGAUCAAGUAUAUAGCCUCGCUUCAAUAAUAUUAAUCGAGUGGCGUGUAGUAUUAUUGUCGGGUCCUGACCCUGGACUCAAUUUGUUCCAAGUGGAUUUCAGCGCUGACAAUGGCGCAUUCACUUUGAUUGCUACCAAUAUAUCCCCAAUCAAUUCACAACCCGAUGCUAAUACCUCCGUAUAUCAAUAUUAUUGGAAUUUAGCGAACAAUACGUCGUGGUUGUGCACAAGGUGUGUACUAAGAGUGUGUGCAUUGGAUGUGCCAUCCGUCGCAGAUAAUAGUCUGUGUCUUCGCUCGGACCGACCAAGUGCUAGACGUAGACGUCUUCAAACUUCAACAGUGGACGAUGAUGACAUCACGUUUCGUAUUGUACGUGAAGUAAUCGAGUGUGCUUGUGGUUUGAAUCACGAACCAUAUUUAUUGGCAGCUUCGAUUAUUGCUGGGUGUAUUCCAAUUGUUGCCCAAUUUGCAGAGCCUUUGGUCACAUUUUACCGCGAUCUGCAACUUUUUGGACUGUUUGCACGUCGAGAUGGACCAGUCCGACCCCUGAUUGCAUGGUAUGCAACAGAGUCGGCGACUCAAAAAGGUCGAACUGUUCUUAUUGGAGUUACAUUUGUGCUUUGUGUGGCAUUUGGCAUUUUAGUAGCUCAAAUCACGACGACUAAUUUCCUUACGGAAAAAGACGCAAUAAUUGUAUUGUGGAUUGUAACUUUUGGUAUCGCUGUAGCAUUGGGAACAAUAGUAUAUUGCACAUUAUUGCGAUUAUUGUUAUUCAAUGUGCGUUGGUGGCGUGAAGGACCUCAGGAAAGUAUUGGUAUUGAUAAUCUAAGUCAAAGCCGCUACUCUGUUAGCUCAAUGGCGUCGAUGUGA